UGGUUUUCAUUACAAGUUAAAUUUAUUCUAGCGUGAUGUUGAUAUCCGUAAUUUUAGCCAAUCUCCUAAUUCUGGUGGAGCAAUGUCAGUCCCAAGUACUUCGCAAUGACAGGCAGUAUUCCAUACAGUACGAACUGCAAACUUACACACAAGAGAGCGAAUUCCUUCAAGCAUCAAGACCUAAAGCCAACCAAUAUCAGUAUCAAUACGAGCUUGCACAGAAUUAUCAACCCGAAGCGAUAUACCAACAGAGCUAUGCCCCAAGUUCAGUAACCAGUACGAGAGUCAGCAGACCUAAACAAGAGAAAAACCAGCCAGUGGUGGAACAAUAUUUAAAGGAAGUGACUCCGACGACGAAGACUGUAUACGAGCCAAUACCAUAUCAAUACAGUAACCAGGUGCCCAUCUUAAAGCAGGCUCAGUAUGUUUUGGAGCAGGAACCUCAGCAGCGGCCUUACGUUCCCCAAUCAAAAUAUGAAAUUCCCGAAGCGGCCACGGCAUCACCAGUAGCUCAAAACACUCUUGCCUAUCAUAACGUCCUUUUGGCCCACCAAAACGCAAUUUACGACAAACAAAGAACACCUAACCAACCACAGAAACCGUCCCAAGGUCCACCACCCAAGUCUGCCAUAUUCAUUACACAAAGUAUCCCAAAAAAACCGAAAGUAGUAAAAAUAGUCAAACCAAAAACAUCCACUCUAGACGAAGAAAUUGAUUACCUCACUAAACUUCAAUACAGACAACAACAGUUGCAACAACAAAGCAAAGAUAACGAAGCUAAUCAAUUUAAAUAUCAAUCUAGAAUACCUCAAUACGCAAAACCAGAAUUAUUGACUGCCGAAGAAGAACAAGCUCAGAUUCAUCAACCUCGUAUAGCCUCACCUUUACUCCUCGCUAAACCUAUAAAAGUGCAAAGACUUCCAAGCUAUCAACCACAGUAUCAGCAAAGCAUCACCUAUCAACCUGAAAUAGCGUAUCAACACCAACCCCAGCAAUAUGAACAGCCUCAGCUGAUUCAGUACCAACCCCAGCCUCGGGAACAACUGCGUGAAAACCUAUAAAGCGGGACCCAGGUAUUUGCCUGAUCAAAAACAAGUCAGAUAUCAGGAAGUUGCCAUUGAAAAAUAUCAGCAAAGUGAAAUACCUAGUGAAGCUAUUCAAAAAUAUCAGAUUCCUGUAAAUCCUAAAAUUGCCAGGCCCCAGCAAAUACAAUACACUUUAGAAGAUCAAUCACAGCAAAGGGAACAACCCCAACAAUAUAAGCAAGUUCAACAGCAGACAGAAUCAUCUUCAAAACCUCCACCUUAUCAAGGGCCGGAAGUUAAACAAAAAUUAGGUAGAAAUUCGAAUUUGCGUAUUCUUAAAACAGGUAAACCUGUGGUUUUUAUCGGCCAUGAAGAAUAAUAAAAAGGUUUUGUAGAGAUAUUUAUUGCAAUGCAUAAUUUAACGAGUUUUUAAGUUGUAUGAAAAUCUUGUUUCCUUUUACAUAGAAAUAAUUUAUAUUCAU